UUAAUCCAUCUGAUUGUUCAACAAGCCAACCUUGCGACUGGGUUGGUUUGCAGACUGCUGUCGAAUCAUACCUAUGGUGGAGGCUCCUGUCAGCUGUACACAAGGGCACAGCAGCCAAAAUGGCCCUCAAUUCAGAAGACGACAGCGACGAUGACGAACUGAUAUACCAACACACGUCGAGCGACGAACACGGAUCCCCAUCCGACGACGACGAUGACGAUGAUGCGGGCCGGGACGGAAGCGGUGAAGUUCACACGCCGACAUUCACGCACAACUUCGCCCCGCCCUACUACGGCCGACCACCCACCCCGCUGCCCCCCUCGCCGUCGCUGACGUCGCUGCUGCGCCCCUCGCGGCCAAACACCCCCGACGCGUCCGACGACGAGCUGGAGCCGGUACCGCGGGCGACGCCGCAGGUCCCGACGUACGAAUACUACGGCUUCGUGCUAUACGUGCUGUCGUGGGUCGCGCUGCUCAUCUACCUACUGUGGGCCUUUUUGCCAUCGCCCGUGCUGCACGCCGUCGGCAUCUACUACUACCCGAGUCGGUGGUGGGCCCUCGCCGUUCCCGGGUUUCUGGUCAUGCUCAUCGUGUACAUCUACGUUGCGCUGGCGCUUUACAACACGGAGUUUUUGACGCUCCGGCUGGAAUCGAUCGAGACGGUUGUGGACACUGCCGGCAAGAUCGCUGCUGUCGAUGCGCGGGGCAGGUUGAGGCCGAGGACUGAUGGACUCGGGGCUGGGAAGUGGGCUACCGGUGCUCCUGGUGGAGGACUGGGUAUUCAGGGAGGUAAUGAUGAGGAUGAUGGCGUCACAACGCCGGGCGGGAUUGACUGGAGGUCAAUAUGGAACGAAGGCACCGAUGCGGUGAUGGAUGUGCCAUUGGCUGGUGUCAAUGAGAUAUUAUAUGGUUAUAGGCACGGCGACGACGAGAGUGUAAAUCAUGUUGGAUAAUAUCUGGGCAUGCGCCUGGGAAUAAUUACCUCUGUUUACACCCCUAACCCUACCUGUACUGUCCAACACUUGUACCCAUGCUCCACUCACCACCACGAAGUAAGACAGGCAAA